AUGGUCUCCAUUAAGAGUACUGUUCUUCUGGCCAUGGCUGCCUCCGUUCAGGCCUCUCCCCUCGCUGCCACCUCCUCUACUUCUACCGCCGCCAUUCCUACGGUGACUUACAUUCCCGAUGAAGCCGAUAUUUGGACCCCUCCUGCCCUCCCUGAAGGUGCCAUCGACAUCAGCAACAACAGGACUUGGGUCAACGAGAUCAAGAAACAACACGGAUUGGACACAGCUGAUGACAGAAUCUCUACUACCGAUGAAGUGACCAUCAUGUCCGGCCCCUGUAACCAGGGCACAUGCCCCGACUACGAUAAGGCUUUCGACAUGAUGUACACCUGGAGCCAGCAGGAGACGGUGUCUCCUGGAGGCGCCCCUCCCAACGUCAUUGUCUGGCAGGACUUUCAAAUCCGUGUUAACGACUGUGGCAAGUGCUACAUACACAGAACUGGUGGUACCGGUGGCGGAUGUUAUGACUUCACCGCCUGUAAUCGCGCACAAUCCAUCUGUGUCGACCCUGGCAGGCACCGGGCCCACCGUAUCUGGAAGGAUAACGGACAUAAGACGUGCUACCAAAUGGUCCAGCUUCGCUGCUCGCGCACGGAACCAUGUGAUAAAUGUCUGCAGGCACAUCAAGUAUGCGAAUAUCGUGAUGAUGAUCGCAAACGUAAACCAGCCUCCCGCCAGUACGUCAGCAGCUUGGAAAACCGCAUUGCCUCCCUCGAGAGCCUGCUGAUGCGUAUAAAGCAAGCCUCGGCAGAUGAGAGGGAGAGACUGCUGGAGAAUGUCUCGUUUGACCAAUGGCUCGAUGCACAUUCUACUGAGGCCCAAAAACCCGAGGCCUCAAGCGCGACCGCAACGAAAUCAGUUCAACCAUUUGGACUUCAGGCCGGCCCUCAGGGCCUCCUCAUUUACCAUGGUCCCACCAGUAUCUAUCGCAUCCGCACUGGAGGGCCUCCCUUGUCGUCUAGUGACAUGACAUCACCUGGCGGCCAGUUUGACCAUGUCGCUCAGCACUUUGGCAUUGGCCUCGAAGACGAAGUCAUCAUGACUGCCCUUCACCAAUUCUUCCGCUGGCAAUAUCCACACUUCAUGUUCAUAUAUCGUGAAGCCUUUCUAAGGGAUCAUUUUGGGCAGCGAACCAAGUCAAAGUAUUGGUCUCUCCCACUAUUGAUGGCUAUUUGUGCUUUGGGAGCUGUGAUGUUGCCAGACCGCGCGCAAUCACAGAUGAGCGAGCAGUUUUAUGCAGCAGCCGAGAGCAUCAUCAUUGUCUCGGGCCUGACGCAUCCUUCCAUCACUGCUGUUCAAGUCUUCCUAUGCCUUGCCUUCUACCAGAUUGGGAAAGGCGAACUUUCCAAGGGCUGGGAGCUCUCAGGAAUCGCGUUCCGCAUGGCACAGGACCUUGGCUUUCAGAAAGACCCUCAGCAAUGGAUUGCCAGUGACGCCUCUCUGGCCACCUCUGAAGAUGUCGAGAUUCGCCGCAGGAUAUACUGGGGAUGCUACACAUCCGACAAGAUAAUCAGUCUCAUUUUGGGCCGACCGGUGCAGCUAUACGAUGAGGCCGGCGAAGUCGAACACACUGAGAGCUUGCCGGACUUCCCAGACAUGGCGCCGUGGCUACCUGCUGGUGUUGAUAUCUCCCAGAUGCUCGAGCCAGGCUCUUUUGGUAGCCGUGAGCGAUUGAUCACAAGCUUCCGUGAGCACAUCUUGCUUUCCAAAUCAAUCGAAAAGAUACUCUGUACCCUAUUUUCCCGAAAGUCUGCCGCCAAUGGCAUAGCCGGUCUUACUCUUACCGACGACCUAGAUCUGGAACUUUGCCGUUGGCAGGAGUCGCUGCCGGACUGCAUCAAGUGGAACAGAUGGGAGCCCCCAAUAACUUCGCUUUUGCCAAGUGUUGCAGCUUUAUACAUCCUGUUCAACAGCACAAGAAUUGUGCUCCACCUCGACCGGGUCAGUACUGAUGCAUCUGCCCAGUCCCAGAGUGUCUCGCGUACAGUCUGCACCUCUGCCGCACAGGAUGUUGUAUGCCUCAUCAGGCAGUAUCGGGCACAGCAUGGCCUCGAGCAUGCUCCACUCAUCUUUAUAUACGGUAUUGUUCAAGCUCACCGCGCAAUGAGGGCGCUAGACAUGACGCCCCAUGAAGCAACCUAUCUUGUACAAUCGUUAGAUGAGUGCUGUGUGGCAUGGGGUCUCGCGGUACAGGCUAGGGCACAUUUGUACGAGUUGUUCUGA